UCAGAGACAAUUUUUUCGCGUGAAAAACUCCCUUGAAAUGUAGUAAAAUAUAAACUUCAUGAAAUAGAAAUUAUUUCUAAGCGCAUACAUUGCAGUUCGAUACGUCUGUUUUCAAUGCAUUUUGUAAGUGUUGGCGGUGUGUUGACGUUACUAUCAAUGUGUUGACGCCUGUUGACGGUGUGUUGACGCUGAUUAGUAGGACCCCUACUAGUGAAAAGCAAAGAUGGCGGCGACCAUGACUGCAGAAACUACGAGUACGAAACAACCGGCAAUAUCUCCCACGGAAAACCGCGAUGCAAUGGCUGCUGGAAUCUUAGAGCUGCUAAGGCCAGCUGUACAGGAGGUAGAUGAGAGGGUGCGGCUAGUGAGGGAAAGCCAGCUGGACCUGAGGCAACAGAUUGAAGAACUUGAUGAAGUUCUGAAGCAGCUGGGCCAAUCACGUGAGCCUCCCAUUGAGUUGGACCCUUAUGUGAAGAAGUUGAUGAACUCCAAACGCAAGAUAGCCGUGAUCAGCAACAUCGUUCAGAAUGCUCAGGAGAGAGUGCGGAAACUCCAGCAGCGCAUCGGUAAAGAGUCAGGGAAGAAACUCAGCCACCUUUACCCCACCAGCACCGAGGCCGUCACCCUGCCGGCCGGCAUGGUCGGUGCCACCUUGCCACCCUCAGAGGGGGAACCGGCUAAAAAUACUUAGCACUUCUUCUUGAAGUCUGUUUUCUUUAUUAUGUUUAAAAAAAACUUUAAAAAGUGAACACUUGUUUGCAAGUACGGUGUUUGAUCAGGAGUUGUCAUCUGAUAACGAGUUGUCUUUCAUUAUGACAAGACUAGAUCUAAGUUUGCACAUUUUGUUGAUGGCAGUGAGACCCAAGAUGCUUUGCCCAUCCAAGGGCACUGGAUGAAAUUGAGCCUCUUCCAAUCUCAGAUGAAUUUCUAGACUAUGGUGUAAUUCGACCACCAGAAUUAGAAGCCAUUACUGCGGUAGCGCAGUGCUCGUGGACAGGUGGAACGCACAUGUUGCAUGCCUCUUCGACCAAUAAGGUGUCGUGAUUUGCCAAACGCACGCACACGUCAAGCUGAAGCAUGUGCGUGUGAGUGCGGUGCCACUGCAGUUUAACCAAACAUGAGCACCAGAAUAUGUUGAACAUGUGCUCAUAUUUUUGUUCACGUAAAAAUACUUCCUGCUGGUUCCUCAGUUGCCUUUUUCAGCUGGGAGGAAUUUGACCAAAGUACUGUGAAAGUUUUCUUUGCAAUGAGCCCCGAGCUGGACCAAGAGAGGGGGCAAUUUUGUAAGCAACAGGGGCUCCUUUGGUAGUAACUGCGCAAUGCUAUUCCAUGAACAACUAUAACACGCAAGUGUUGCAGUUGCAUCCCCACCAACAAAAUGAACAGUCCCGACCAGCAUGGCUCUUUUCAACCAAUGAGGGGGUGCUUCUGCUCGAGGCGGAUAGACCUCCAUACUGAAGGACUGAAGAUGUUAUGUGUGCUUUUUCUUGGGGGGGCUCAGUGGACUGUGGGCCCUCACUGGCUCAAUAGCAAAGUGCGACGUGUAAAUAAAGUAAGGCCCCAUUAGCACACAAACCUGUGUGGAGCCCAAUUUGCUAAGCAGCGGGAAUAAUGGUCAAUGACUGGUUCUGAAGACAAAAUGCCAUGUGGUGGAAAUAGGUUGCCACUGGUCCUCACCCAAUUUGUGCUUUUAACAAAACUGUCUAUUUUACACAUCAUAAUUUUACACAAUAUUUUACACAUAUCAUCUCUAUUAAUUCACUCCCCCCCCUUCCACUUAAUAUUUGGUGUCCUCCCCUUGUUUACUGCACCUGCAGUUGUUUAAAGGUUACAGAAAUUGAAAACAUUCAGUUCAUGUGAAGUAUUUAAAAAUAACAAUAAAUACUAACCAUUUCAAAAACGUCAUAACUUCAAUGUUUACCCCAUUAAUCUUGACCCAAAAAUGAAUCGAGGGAUCCUGCGUUUCCCCACCCACAAAAAAAAAAUCCCCUUUUGGCCGCUCGCACUCCCAUGCUGAUUUGAUGUCAUUUGGCAGAACACCGACAUGUGCAGUGUACAUUGCAUGACUGCACACAGUACAUGCAGUAUCGCAUGCUUACCAUGGCCCACAGGCAAACACUGCCUCAGUUCAAGAAAUACACGGUAGGACUGUGUCUUUUAAAUUUUACCAUGAAUUACCUUGAACCGAGACAGUGUUUGCCUGGGGCCAAGCUACAUCGAACACAACAUGGUCUACUGCAAGCAUGCGAUACGGUAUGUACAAUGUCCCAUCCUGCAGUGUUACACGUGCACUCUGCAUGUAGGCAUUCUGCUGAUGACGUCAUCAAAUCUGCCUGGGAGCGCAAAUAGCCAAAAGGUGAUAUUUUUUGUGGGCGGGGAAACGCAGGAUCAUUCUUAUUAAUUUUGGGGUCACAAGUUUGGGGUGAACAUUGAAUUUAUGACGUUUUUGAAAUGGUUACGUAUUUAUUAUUAUUUUGAAAUUCACUUAACGUGAGCUAAAUGUUUUCAAUUUCUGUUAACCUUUAAAGUGUGAAAGUGACUUGUUUUAUUAUCCCACAAAAAUGUCAAAACCAAAUGGUGUAAAUUGCAAGCGCAGAUUUUCUGUUUUACUGUUAAAUAUAUUUGACUUUCAGUGAUGUAAUGGACAGAUUAAAAAGGAGACGCACAAAAUUAACCAAACUGACGUCUCUGUGUUGUAAAAUCCCUGGAUAUUCAGAAUAAAAUUGCAAAUGCAUUUUGUUUCAUUAUCAUACAUUUACCAAUGCAAAUUGAUAAAAUACUUGUCACAGUAAUAAAUCAUGUUUAAUAUCGGUGGCAUUUAUUAUACCUGGCACAAUUGGUUUCGUUGUAAAUAAGAACUCGUAUAGCUAAGGAAUUCUCGAUUCGGGAAUGUGUACUCUCUAAAUUGAAAUGUAUAGUCUUGAAGUGCAAUAAAAAGGUGAAGAAAUGAAAAUUGAA